CGCGGUAUUGAGCCCAGCACGCUGACGCUUCCUGCAUCAUCUUCGCGUACUGAGCUUGAUCUCGAGAAACAGUAAUACCAGGAUCGCGUAUGAUCUUGUCAAGUACCUUAUCUCAAUAUAUCCCUUGCGUCAGACCAGACUUGCGCAGUUCUCAGAGGUUGAAGAAGGCGUAUAGCUGCUGCAAAGUGUCUGGGCCCUGGAAAGUACUUUGAUUAACUUAGAAGCUUGUACCCGUUUACGACAUAGAGGACCUCGCGCUGAGUGAUCGAAGCGAGGUGGUGAGAGCCAUUGGCACGCCGCUGCAAGCUUCUCCGGAGGUUCUCUCGUUUGCGGGCGAAUAGCUCCGCUCUUCCUGCUUGCUAUGCCAGGACUUAUCGCCGAGCAGUACGAUGAUCUGACUGGAGCGGUGCAGCAGAUAAUCCUGUCAUCCUCGGAGUCAGACUACCUGGAUCAGCUCAUACCGCUUCUCAAACAUGCCGAGACGCAAACACAAGUAACGCCUCUAAUUCAUGCACUCAACCAUGUCUCUGCCGAUCGGGAAUCUCAGAUUGAGUCAAUAUGUAACUCCAAUCACCAAGAGUUCAUCACCAGUGUCAAUCAGCUGCAGUCGGUGCGGGAGGAAACUGUCACGUUGACUUCUGAGAUCAUGGAGCUCAGCAGAAGCAUCGAGGCCAGUACAGAGAAGCUAGCAGAGCAGAAAAAGGCACUCGUCGACUCUCGCAGCGUGCGUCAGAAUAUUGACGAUGCAACGCAAGCACUGAAAGACUGCCUCGAAGUGCUCCGUCUAGCUAACCAGGUCCAUGACUUGCUCGGGAAGAAGAAUCAUUACGCUGCACUUCGUGCGCUUGACGAAUUGCAAAAUGUGCACCUUCGUGAAGUCACCAGGUACAAGAUUGCCGAAAUGAUUGAGCGUUCUGUGCCCGCAACGCAGCGUAUGAUCGCAGAAGCCGUCACCCAGGACCUACACACCUGGCUCUACCGUAUUCGGGAGACUUCUCAGUUCUUGGGCGAGGUAGCUUUUUACCAUACCGAGAUGAGACGAGCUCGUCAGAAAGAACGCGGAGAUAGGGAUGCCUACAUGGGAUCCUUCGGGUUGAAUUCUGCAGUCGAGCUAGUCGCUGACGAGGAUCAGGAGUUCGAUGUUCUCAAUAAUGAGGAAGUACAAGUUGACUUCUCGCCUCUAUUCGAGUGCUUGCAUAUACAUGAUGCUCUGGGCGAGACCGAGAAGUUUCGUGCGGAUUAUGCUGCGACCCGACGAAGGCAGAAGGAUCUGCUCAUUCCACAGACCAUCAACCUGCUCGAGGACGACAACAGUAGUCUGAGCGGUCUGCUUGAGGGGAUUGCCGGAUUUGCCAUCGUUGAGAAAGCUACCAUGCGAAAGAGCGAGAACUUUCGAUCUCAAAGUGAUAUUGACGAGCUUUGGGAGAGCAUGUGCCAAUCAUCGGUGUCGCUUAUCAGCACCGCACUGCAUCAUAUUGACAACGACGAGAGGCUUUUGAAGGUGAAGGGUGUCAUUGCGCUCUUCAUCCAGACCAUGGACAGCUGGGGGUAUUCUGUUGCCAGCCUAGACGGAUUACUCCUGACUUUGUUUGACAAGUACAGCUCGCUGCUGAAGAGACGAUUCAGCGAUGACUUUCAAGAGAUUGUGAGCACUGAUGAUUACAUGCCGAUGCCGAUCAAUAACGCCGACGAGUACACCAAAGUCAUCUCAGUAUCCUGGUACACGCCGCCAGCAGGCCAGGAGAAUGCCGAGGAGAUAACAUAUCCAUGUGUGCUUCCGUUCAGUCAGAUGUAUCCUCUCGUCUGCAUUGAUAUCCGCAACUUUCUCAACCAAAUCUACCUGUUCUCGGAUGACCAUUUUCGCCAUACUACGGUCAUAGACAAGACGUUAAAGGAGAGCCUGGAUGAGUUGUUGGUCGACAAGGUGUGUCGUAGCCUGGUAGAUCGAUUGUCCUCUCAGUAUCCAGGCCAGAUUGUCCAGAUCUUGACCAACCUAGAUCACUUCGAACAGGCAUGCACUGAUCUGGAAGGCCUCCUGGUCGAAGCACGAUCGAGCAGUAGUGCUGCCGGACCUAUCAAACUCAACGCGACAAACCAGUUCAAUUCUGCCAAGAAAAAAGCCGAGAAGCGCAUAUUCGAGCUCGUGAACAGCAAAAUUGAUGACUUGAUCGACACUGCAGAGUACGAGUGGACGAGCACUUAUACACCAGAUACCGCCAGCCCCUACAUCCAGGAGCUGACUAGAUAUCUGUCGAACAUCAUGAGUUCCGUUCUCCUCGGCUUGCCAGAACAGAUCAAAGAGCUCAUUUACUUCGAGGCCUUAAACCACAUCAGCCAGGCACUCCUUCAGUUACCUCUGGACCAGAACGUGCGACAUAUCUCUCCUCAGGCUGCGACUGCAUUCAAGCUCGACAUCGACGAUCUCGUUGAAUUUGUCGAAGCCCUCCCCGAGGCGCCUGUGCUACUGGAAAGUCUUAUUUCAUUGCGGCAAACUACUGAUCUGAUGAUGCUCGCCGCUGAAGGCAAAGGCGAAGAGUUCUUCGAUUCUUCCAAGAGUCAGACGCGAUUCGACAAGGUGGACAAGAUCAAAGGAGCAGAACUACUGGAGAAAGUGUAUAAUGAGCCCUCUGGAGGUGCUGCGAAGGAGAAGAGGAUGUCCCUCAUGCCGGACUUUCAGGAAUUGAGAGGGAAGCCGAGCAUGCCACAUUUUGGUAUUAGGGACAGGUUUGAUCAGUUCACGAAGAGGGAUCGAUCUUAGGGAGGUUGAUGAUCAUCGAAGUGUGAAGACGACCCGCGUUCGCAUUCAUGUACUAACGGUAGAUGGCUUUUGCGAUAGUUGAGCAUGGAUCGCUGUUUCCCUUCCCCAACUCCAACUCAACGUUCACAGCCUUCCGCUAGCUUGCUCCAAGCAGGAGAGACUAACAAGAAGAUGCUCGGUAGACCUUACAGUACUGUGACUCAAAUCCUCUUAGAAGCCCAUGCCCUCUUCCCUUUGACAUGGGACACAAUGGAAUCAAGAAAAUACCACCGCCUUCCGAUCCAACGGCCUCCCAUCCGGUCCUAUUCCCGCGGCUGCAAAUUGUCUCUCGGUGUAUAAUCUUCUCGCCUCAUCAAAAGUGACACCCUGUCUUCUCAUGAUUCCGUAAAUUUCCGCUUUCUGCUGUCCCGACAGGCCAGAUCUACUAUCUUCUCCUUCGAUGUUUUCUGCAAUAUCGAAGUUUGAAGAGUGGAAGCCUUGUUCUGCUUCAUUUUGGAAGGAGGAGGGCAACGCGGAGUAGCGCCAGCGAUCGAUGUAGGCCAUUAUGCGAUCGUAGAUGUUGUACGCCCAGUCGGGAAUUUCGCCUGGAGCGGUCAGGUACGGGAUGGGAGGCGCGUAUGGUUUCCAAACAUUGCGCGUUGCGUAAAGGGCAGUCGCGACUACGAGGAAUAAGAAGACAAAGGUGUAGAAGAGGUAGGCCAUUUUGGGCGCAGAUGUGCUCGAUGUGGUAGAUGAUUGUGGCUCUGAGUCGGUAAUCAGUACAGAAGUGAAGUAGAAGAGGUUCUGGGGCUCCCUGCCCUCAAAACUGUCGCCGGCGCAUGCGACGGUUUGAAC